CAGUGCGCAAGCGAGCAGCAACGUUGAGCAGCCACGACGACGAUGAUGAUGAUGAUGGGUGUGAGAGGUGCAGGUGUUGUGCUGAGAGCACCAGGUGCGGUUGCAGCGGCGACGCUGGCUGGACGACUGGCGCGUCGAAGCACAGCGAGGACCCUCGCAACUGUGCAGAGCAUGUGUGGUGUGCAGAGCGCUGUUGCUGGCACUGGUGCUCGGGUGUGGUGGACGCCGCCGGCAGGGGCGGUGCGUGCUGGCGCAAGCCUGCGCUUGCUGCACGUGGCCACGCCUACGGCGACAGCCAAGGACGGGGAGCAAGGCCAAGCAGAGCCCAUUGUCAUCACACCAUCAAAGCAAGACCGUUCCAACGAAACCACGGACCACAAGCGCGCACGUCUCCUCUACCAAAGCAGGAAGCGCGGCAUCAAGGAGAUGGACCUCAUCCUUGCUACGUAUGCGGAUCAGUACUUGGACACCAUGACCGAGCAGCAGCUUGAGGAGUACGACUCCAUCCUGAAUGACCACGAUAACGAAUGGGACAUGUUCAAGUGGCUCACGGGCAAGGAGGAACUGCCGGAGUACCUGCAAGGGUCGGGGGUGAUGCAACACUUGAUGGAGUUCACCAAGAAUCCAAACAAAGAGCAGCGUGCACACAUGCCUCCCCUGCGCCCAAAGCAGCAAUAAACAAGGCCACCAGCGA